GUGAAAUUCUACUUCCGGACUUUUAUUCUGAAACCGGAAGUUUGCAUUUUUAUGUGCGCUAGUAAUAAAUUCCUAGCUUAUUAUUAUUAUUAUAUUUGAAUGAAUUUGUAGCCAUGUCGAGUGAUAAUAUAAUCGGACCUGCUUUACCACCGGGGUUACGAGCGAGCAGAAGUGAUGAAUCAGAUGAAGACAACACGAUCAUAGGCCCAGCUCUGCCCCCGCUUUAUAAACGCACAGAGUCCUCCAGUUCCUCCAGUGAUCAGGAACAGGUGGUGUUCAAGAGAGCCAAAUACUCAGGAUCAGGGGACAGUCUGCCUUCUAAGAAGAGAGCAGCAGCUGGGAGGUGUGAUGAUGAUGAUGAUGAUGGUGAUGCAGAUGCAGUGGAUGAGGAUGAUGGCUUCUUCGGUCCAGCUCUGCCUCCAGGAUACCAAAAGCAAGACAGUUCACCUGAAAGACCCCCAGUCCUUGGACCCGCGCUGCCUCCAGGCUUUAAAAGGAAGCAUCACGAUGACGAGGAUGAGGAAGAGGAUGAAGGAAGAGGGGUUCUAGGACCGGCACUUCCUCCUGGAUACAAAGCGGAGUCUUCCAGCAGUGAGGGAGAAGACGAGGACGUCAUCGGGCCCAUGCCGUCCAGAGGGGAAAGUCAGAGUAACGUGGCACUGGACUUUGAAAGAAGAGCACAGAGAAUGAAGGACAGAUUACUGGGGCGAGAUGAUGAGUCUGAGAAGCCGCAGAGGGAGAGCUGGAUGACGGAGCUGCCUCCUGAGCUGCAGCAUGUCGGACUGGAAGCACGAACCUUUAAGAAGAGAUCAGGACCCGAGAACAAGGACCGCUCCAUCUGGACCGACACGCCCGCCGACCGAGAACGCAAAGCCAGGGAGCGACAAGAAGCGAAAGAGAGAGGUGAGACAGUCAAAGAUGACGGCCCUCGUCUCUCCAAGAAAGAUCUGGAAAUGGCAGAAAAAGUGUCCAAAUACAACGAGUCCAAGAGAGGCGAGUCGCUCCUGAGCAUGCACGCCAAGAAAAUGAAGAGGAAAGCCGAGGAGGAUUCCAAAAAGCCGGCGGAGAGGAGGCCCUUCGACCGAGACGCCGACCUGCAGGUCAAUCGCUUCGACGAGGCGCAGAAAAAAGCCCUGCUGAAGAAGAGUCAAGAGCUCAACACGCGCUUCUCACACAGCAAGGAUCGAAUGUUCCUCUGAGGAACGGGAAAUGUUGUUAAAAACAUCAGCCAAGCAUCUCAAUAAUUGCUUGACUGAAAGCACGGACUCCUUUAAAGGUGCAGUUUGUAAUGUCUAAAGUUAAUGUUUAUUUUGUUAUUAUGUAAUAUCAGAAGAUUCAUUAGAAAAAAAUAAGAAAUACAAAACAUAAUUCCACAUAUUGCCAAGCGAUAGAUAAUCCUGGUUUCUUCUGUUCAGAUUUCUGGCCCUGAAAUGAGCUCCGCCACCAAGGACUUCUCCAUAAAAGGCAACACAAUGAAUAUAAAGUUUUAACAGGGCUUAGGGUUGGGUGAAGAAAAGUGAAAGGCUUAUACAUUGUUUUCAUUUUAAUCGCAGUUUAGUGGGUUGUAAAAGUUACAAACGGCUCCUUUAAAGACAGCAAUGUACUGGAAAUCUGAGCAUCGUGCUGCAGCGUUGGUUAUUUUUAGGGUAGUUUGAACAAGUGAACCAAAAUGACGAUCAUUUCAAAAUAAAUUGAACGGGUUAUCUUGCGAAGUGAUAAGUCACAUAAGUGUGUAAGCUUGUCUGAUUUUUAAAUAUUAAAUCCCAUUCAGUCAUCUCUGGGUUUUUUGUAAACUAAGCAGUGCAUCAGCAGGGUUUAAAACAUUGAAAAAUAGUGUAGAAAGUGCACAGGAGCAGAAAAAAUAUAUUCUUCGUUACAUUAGUAUGAUACAGGACUCUUUAAUAUGUACAGGAAUCUUUACUUUGUUGUUUGGGUUGUUUUUUUGUUUUUUUUUUUAAAUAAGAGGAUGUGAUGUCAUAUUAUUUUGUGUGUUUUUUUUCUGUGCUGUAUUUUCACGCUUUUGUUAAGAUGAGAUAAAUAAACAUUACACAGAGGAUUUGAAUAUAUAUAUAUAUGUAUUAAUUUCUUAAUGUUUUUGUCUUUACUUUCUCACUAGCUGAUAGUAAUUAAGCACAGUGUUGGACUAGUCAGAUUUUUUUCCCCCAAAUAUCUAUCAGACAGCAUGUGAUAACCGUGCAGACGUCCCAGUUCCUCCAACUGACUGGCGAUGAAGCUGACCACCGUUCAGGAUCACUAGUCCACGAGUGCCAUUCGGACAUUAAUAAGGAGAAUGUCUAGCUCUGACAAACAUAAAGUUAGACGAAUAAAUAGACAGAAGUACUUUAUUGAUCCGGAAGGAGAAAUCUGGGAAAAGAAAACUCAAACUCGCCUAAGCUCAGGAUCGAACCCAGAACUCAUGAACAAUAAAGCCAUUUUUUUUCAUUCCAAUAAGUUAUACAAGUAUAAAUACAGUCACAAGAAUAAAAAAAUGGCCUUUCUGGACUUCUGUACACAACAGUAGUGUUGCUUUUUUUUUUUUUUUUUUUUUUUUUUUUU